GCUCCAUUAUGAUAAAGAAGACUGAGAAUGCAUCCCUCUUCCUUAGUGUUCACCACCUGCCCACUUGCUAGGACUUGGGUCCAGAAUGAACAUAGCAUCAGUAUUUAACGCCUUGCUAGUGUGCAUCCUUGCUGCUGUGCUGUGGAAGUAUAUCAAGCUGCACGACCAUGUCUUUGUGCUGGAAGAGGAGUUAGUCCUCAUGCGCCAGUCCCAGGAACUCUCUCAGGUCAGCAUUGACUAUCAUGCUGCACUUCAAGCUCUGGUAGAAGAUGGCACCAAGAUGGUGUGCACUGGCAGGAUGCAUACUGAUCGUAUAUGCCGUUUUGAGUCUCUCUGUUAUUCCACCGAAGCUGAAGAAUUUGUCUUCUUCCAUAGCAGUUCUUCCGUCAUGCUUCCAAACUUGGGCUCCAGAAGAUUUCAACCUGCCUUGCUUGAUCUCUCCACAGUGGAGGACCAUAAUACCCAAUACUUCAAUUUUGUAGAACUGCCUGCUGCAGCUCUGAAAUUUAUGCCAAAGCCUGUCUUUGUUCCUGAUGUAGCACUGAUUAUGAAUAGGUUCAAUCCAGAUAAUUUAAUGCAUGUUUUCCAUGAUGAUCUCCUUCCAAUUUUCUAUACAAUGCUGCAGUUCCCAGAUAUGGACUUGGAGACCAGAUUAUUCUUCAUGGAAGGCUGGGGUGAAGGACUACACUUUGAGCUAUACAAAUUGCUUAGCAAUAAGCAACCACUCCUAAGAGAGCAGCUUAAAACACUUGGGCGGCUCCUGUGCUUCACCAAGUCAUACGUGGGUCUGUCUAAAAUCACAACCUGGUAUCAAUAUGGUUUUGUUCAGCCCCAGGGGCCGAAAGCCAACAUCCUGAUCUCUGGCAAUGAGAUCCGACAGUUCAAAACAUUCAUGAUGAAGAGGCUAAAUGUGAGCUUGGAAGGAAUACCUGGUGAGGAAUAUAUAAUAGUGUUCAGCCGAACCAUCAAUAGACUAAUCCUAAAUGAGGCAGAGCUAAUUUUGGCACUUGCCCAAGAAUUUCAGAUGAAAACCAUUACCGUUUCCAUAGAAGACCAUACAUUUUCAGAGAUAGUACGCUUGAUUAGCAAUGCAUCCAUGCUUGUCAGCAUGCAUGGAGCUCAACUUAUUAUGUCUCUCUUCCUGCCAAGAGGAGCCACUGUUGUGGAACUCUUCCCUUUUGCCAUAAAUCCUGAACAUUACACACCUUACAAGACAUUAUCUACCCUUCCUGGUAUGGAUCUUCAGUACAUUUCAUGGCAAAACACUGAAAAGGAGAAUACUGUGACUUAUCCAGACAGACCCUGGGAUCAAGGAGGAAUUGCCCACUUAGACAAAGCAGAACAAGAUCGCAUUAUAAAGAGCAAUGAGGUUCCCCGGCAUCUGUGUUGCCGUAACCCAGAAUGGCUUUUCCGUAUCUACCAGGACACCAAAAUUAACAUUGCUUCCCUUAUCCAGGUGAUCAGGCAAACGGUGAAAACCAAACCAGGGCCUAAGAAGCAAAAGUGGACUAGUGGCCUCUAUCCAGGCAAAGUUAGAGAUGCCAAAUGCCAGGCCUCUGUCCAGGGUACCAGUGAAGCUAAGCUCUCUGUAUCGUGGCAAAUCCCUUGGAACCUGAAAUACUUGAAGGUCAGAGAAGUAAAAUAUGAAGUUUGGAUUCAGGAGCAAGGAGAAAAUACGUACAUGCCUUAUAUUUUGUCCCACCAAAACCAUACAUUUUCAGACAACAUUAAGCCAUUCACGAACUAUUUGGUGUGGAUCCGAUGCAUUUUCAACAAAAAUCUCCUUGGGCCCUUUGCAGAUAUGUUAGUUUGCAGUACAUAAUUGUUCUCUAGCUACUAGCUUCAAAGAAGACAAACCCAAUCCUGGUGUUCUGUAGUUUAAGAAGAUGGAUAAGAACUUGCAGACCAUGAUAGUGCCUAUGUGUCCAUUUUAUUGCAUUCUGAAUGUCUUCUCCAUUCUGUGUAACAUUACAUCCAGUUGGUAGAUAAACUCUCUUAGUUUUUUUAAAGAGGCAACAGGCAUGAGGCUACAAAAUCAGUGGAAUAAUUGUUUUAUCUUGAUUGUUCUAGGAACUUUUCUCUCUUUUGUGUGGUAAAUCUUUUAAAUAUAGCUUUAUACUAGAAUUUGGUUAUACUGGAUGUACAAUUUUUAAGUUAUUUUUUGUUUGUUCCCCCAAAGUUCUGUAUUCCAGAGCAGAAAUUCGGUACCAGAAUAUUUAUUAAACUGUU